CCUGCAGGAGACCUACAGGCAGCAGGCUGAAUAAUAAAAUCUCAGAACAUAUCUCUGCAUCAGUAACACCCCUCCAUGUUUGUCUGGAGGAACAAAGAGGACCAGAACUGGGCUCUUGUGACGCCUCGGCUUAUAAGCCACAGGCAAAAAAGUUAUUUGAAAAGCAGGAAACAGAAGAAAGGUGUUGUAAAGAAGAAGUGGAGACUGAAAUUAUUCAAGCUGACGUAGGCAUUUGGAAAUUCAGUCAGCCAAGUAUGUCCAACACUAUUAGUAAUAUGAAGAUGACCAACCGUAUCAAGGGAAUGGUGAGCAAACGUCGUAGGCGUUUCACAGAGGAUGGUUUUGACCUUGAUCUCACAUACAUAAGAGAUAACUUAAUAGCAAUGGGUUUCCCAGCAGAAAAGUUAGAAGGAGUGUAUAGGAAUCAUAUAGAUGAUGUUGUUAAACUGUUGGAAUCUAGACAUAAAGAUCAUUAUAAGAUUUACAAUCUAUGUUCAGAGAGGUCGUAUGAUUUUAAGAAAUUUAAGCAAAGAGUAGCUACAUACGCGUUCGAUGAUCAUAAUCCUCCAAUGUUGGAUCAAAUUAGACCGUUCUGCGAAGAUGUGCACGAGUGGCUUUCUCGGCAUCAAGAAAAUGUGGCUGUAGUUCACUGUAAGGCGGGUAAAGGUCGAACAGGUGUAAUGGUGUGCUGUUAUCUUCUUCAUACUAAACAAUUUCCCACUGCCACAGAAGCCCUUAAUUACUAUGGAACUAAAAGAACACACGACAGGAAAGGGGUAACAAUACCAUCACAGAGGAGGUAUGUCGAUUAUUACGCUACUCUUGUACAAGAAGGAUUAAAUUAUCAACCGGUUACAUUGUUGUUACGAAAAAUACAACUGGAUCCCGCGCCGAUUUUUCACGGAGGUCAAGGAUAUUUGCAUUGUGUAAUAUCUGAAUCUAAAAAAAAGAUAUUUAGUUCCGACAUAGUGGAAGUACGGAAAGGAAUGCGUACAGUUAGCAUUCCUUUGAAACAUAGCGUAGCAUUGACGGGAGAUAUAAGAAUGGAUUUCUUUAAUAGGCCAAAAAUGAAGCGAAAGGAGAAGUUGUUUCAUUUUUGGUUCAAUACAUUUUUCGUACGGGACUACUUAACACCGGAAUACGAUAACGGAGAGUUACCAGUUGAGCGUUCAACUAGGGCAUUGAGUUGCGAUGGUACGACUAUGGAAUUACCAGUAGUUAUGCCGCAUAUAAAACCCAGAGCCGGAUCGCUAGCUAGUCUCGGACCUAUGCCACCUACUCUUGUUUUAAGUAUAGAUAAAUGGGGUUUAGAUGACGCACACAAAGAUAAACAUCACAAAGUGUACAGUGCGGAUUUUAAAGUUAGCUUAUUUAUGCAUCGAAUGGGUGGUAAUAUAUCGCAAGCUGUACCAACGACGACAAAUAGAACAGGAGAGGAUAUACAAAUAGGAAUGGGAGGACAAGAUACUCCGAGUGAAUCGAGCGAAGCAGACAGUAGUGAAUGCGAUACAACCGGAGAUACAACGGGAGAUGAAGAUGGGGAAUCUGUGGACAUGGACCAGCGUGUUGGACGAUACCGCCUUCUCUCAGACGGAGGAAUGAUAGAUGUUUUAUGAGUCCAUCGCCAGUCAUCCCUCUACGUUCUUCGACAUUGCUGUCGCUCGCGUAAUAACGCGCGGACGUUAGAAACUCGACUAUUGUCUUUAUCAUCGAAGAUAUCCGAUCGAUUGGAAUGUUACGUUCGAUCAAAUUAUCGUGUCCUUUCGACGAUAUGUAAAGUGUUGUUAGAUGACGCAUAUUGGAUCCAACAAGCCAAAGAAACGUUUAUACCGAUACAGAAAUUUUAUUUUGUACUUGGAAAGUUUGCGUUUUAAGGAUACGUUGUUUUAAGGAUUCGUUUUAAAAUUUUUUGACAAGCGCCCAUCCUUUUGGUUCGCACGACACACUCCCACACACCCGUACACACACACACA